AUGGCGGAGCAACUGCUAGACCAGGUCGGCGACCUGUUUGAGGGCCAAAUUGACUUUGAGGGCCAGAAGCUCGUCGAGCUCCUUGUCAAUGUUGCCUUGACCCUCGUCGGAGCCAUUGCCUUCUUUGUCGGCUACUUCCUGCAGGACAUCAAACUCGCCGUCUACAUCGGGCUCAUCGGCACCGCCGCAGUCUUCGUCCUCGUCGUUCCGCCCUGGCCGUUCUAUAACCGACAUCCUGUGAAAUGGCUACCGGUCGGAGGAGUCACGCCGCCGGCGAACCUAGUGAUCAACGACAACGUGCUCAAAUGA